AUGGAACAUUGUUCACCUAUGCCAACACCACUCCCUCUCCAGCUCGACAAAGUUCAGGAUCAACAAAAGGAAUUCUCUGACUCCACCUACUUUCGAAGCCUAGCAGGAAAACUUCAAUACCUGACAUUGACAAGACCAGAUAUUCAAUUUUCUGUGAAUUAUGUCUGUCAGAAGAUGCACAAGCCAUCAGUUGCAGAUUUCCAAAAUCUGAAGAGGAUCCUGAGGUAUGUAAAAGGCACUAUCACAAUGGGAAUUACCUUCUGGCGUAACACAAAUUUUGAUCUUAAGACAUACAGUGAUAGCGACUAUGCCAACUGCAAAGAGGGAAGACGUUCUGUGGGAGGCUACUGCACCUACCUUGGACGUAAUCUCAUCUCCUGGUCAUCUCGAAAGCAACCAACCGUUUCUAAGAGCUCAAUUGAGGCAGAGUACAUGUCUCUGUCCGAAACAGCCUCUGAGAUCAAGUGGAUCAGCUCGGUACUACGGGAGCUUAAUGUUCCUCUACCACAAACUCCGGAGCUGUACUGUGACAAUCUGUCAGCAGUGUACUUAACAGCAAACCUUGCUUAUCAUAAACGCACAAAACACUUUGACGUUGAUUACCACUAUGUCAGAGAACAUGUGGUACUGAAGACUUUGGUUGUCACUCACAUCCCAGGUGAGCAACAGAUAGUGGACAUAUUCACCAAAUCUCUUCCGAUUGGUACCUUUGAGUUUCUCAGGAGCAAACUUGGCGUAUGA